AAGGGAGCAGGUAUGUGGUGCUGUCAGCCCUAGGUGUCAGACUUUAAAGUCCCUCUUAUCGUACAGCUUAGCUUCAGACCCAAGCACACGUGCUCAGGUUGGGUUCUCUGUUCAGCUAUCUCUGUAGCUGCAUUCAGUUUGCUGCAUUUCCUUACAUCUGUCGUCCUCUGCGUUUUCGCUUGUUAUCGUCGAUUUCGAGACUUGUCAGGCUCACAGCAUCAUCGGCGUCGCAACAUGGCUGCUUCAUCUACCUGGACUGUUCUUAUCGUCGCUUUGAUGCAGCUUUUUGGUGACGUCAUUUCCGCUCCUGUCAUCAGAGCCCCGUGGGGGACUAUCCGGGGGGUAGAAGUGCAGGGCCGUGACGACAGGAAGAUGAGCGGGUACCUGGGUAUUCCUUUCGCUCUGCCUCCCACAGGCAAACUCCGUUGGCAGAAACCGCAGCCACAUCCCGGACCAGGAGAAGGGAAGGUGUUUGGGCCACCACCCUGCUACCGGCCUGUCCUCAGGAAGUCCCAUGGAUGGGGGUGUACAACUGGUACAAGCGAGGACUGCCUGACCCUCAACGUCUUUGUGCCUAUCGGUGAUGACGUCACGUCCGGAACCCUCAAGCCGGUGAUGGUGUGGAUUCAUGGAGGAGGAUUCAGAGUUGGCGACGCAGCGUCAUACAGACCAACCAAGCUGGUGGCAGACAAUGACGUCAUCGUGGUGACCAUCCAGUACCGCCUGGGUGUCUUUGGCUUUCUCUCCACAGGUGACGCCACAGCGCCGGGUAACUACGGGCUGUGGGAUCAGCGCCUGGCCUUAGUGUGGGUCAAGGACAACAUUAGAGCCUUUGGAGGUGACCCUGACCUGGUGACCAUCUUUGGGGAGUCGGCGGGUGCCAUUAGCAUAGGUAUCCACGUCAUCAGUCCGGCCUCCAACGGGUUGUUCCAGCGGGUGAUAACUCAGAGCGGAAGUCCCUACAUGCAACGCUGCUUUCCCGAGAACUACAGCAACAAGAUCAAGGAGCUGGCCUCAGCCUUGGGUUGUUCCUCAGACCCCGGAACCUCAUUCACCACGAUGCUCGACUGUCUGCGAGGCAAGAGUGUAGAGGAGUUAACUCACGCGGAGACGAUCCUGUCACAGACACACAAUACCGACUUUGUGUUCAUGCCCCGUGUUGACGGUGAACUUUUGUUGGACAACCCUGGGAGGCUGAUGGCAGACGAAGUUCAUAUGGCAUUAGCAAAUGUAGGGAAGGUCGACAUCCUGAAUGGCUUAAUGAUCAGGAGGGGGCAGUGAUGCUGUUUUUUCUCAGCCUUAAACCCGUCCAGGACAUGCACAGCGUGACAUUCUUCCGUCAUGUCCUCGACACCUGGAUGAGUUGCGCCGACCUGGGGCCGGCCAGUGGCGUGGCCUCCAAGGUGUUAGAGUUUUUCUACCGCGGGCCAGACGCCUUCACUAACAAGUCUGUCCCUCUCGAUACUUUGGUUCAAGUGUACGGUGACGCUCUGAUAAGUGCACCUUGCUUGGCGUGGAUUCGAACUCUUGCCGACCAGCCACACACCGGUGGGAGGUAUCUCUAUUGGUUGAACCAUGAUCUCAGUUUUAACCGGGCUUACCCCGUCCAGGGUACUCACCAUGGAGAUGAGUUGCUGUUGGAGUUUGAUUUAAUCUCAGAUGCGAUGUGUUUUACCAGCAAGAGAGGUCCACUUACACCAGAGGAAGAGAAGCUGUCCUCGGACUUCGUAUCCAUGUUGGCUGACUUUGCCAGAACUGGAAAUCCAAGCGUCCACCUGAGAUCGUCUCUGGGCGAAGACAUACCGCAGUUCACGAGUCAAGGCGAGGCGUACCUCUCCCUCUCCACCAAUCCCAGCAUUCAACAUCACGUGAUGCGCGAGCGCCUGGCUGUGUGGCUGCAGCUUUUACCGGAAGUGAAGAAGUCUAUCAAUCAGCUGACUCAGCAAACUGCACAAGAACGCGUGAAGGACGAACUGUAAAACACAUCCGCAUGUUCUUAUGAAUAUUCGUUUUAUCAUUUGUAUUCAAAAUCCUUAUGCUUUCGGCUACUAUGCAGAUCGUCGUCAAUCAUCCAUAUCCUUUCUUUUGUAUGUUAGCUACGUGUAUGAAGACAAUUGUCGAAAAGUCAGUUUUUUAAAAAAAUCUGUUUUAUCGCUUACAUCCAAUAAUAUUUCACUUUUACUUUACAUAUUUUAAUUCCUUGUAUUUUUGUUCAUUCGUUGAUUCAUAUAUUCAUUCGUCCCUGGACUAGUAUCGACUGUUGAGGUUAGUAUAUGGAUCUUAGCAUGAUCUUGUUUAUGCUGUGCUAAAUUUUGCAUGAUGAUAAAAUACAGCACAGUAAACAAUUUCAAAUAACAAAAGUACUUAGAAAUGAAUAUUUGCGAGCUUUUAGUUCCUUUACUGUUAGCAAAAUAAACGGAAAUAGAAAAAUGUUACUGCAAUCUAAUCAGCAUGCACGCUCACAGAAACAUCAGAAUACUAAAAAAAUCUACUAUUGUGUCAAAAAGGAGUAAAGAAAUAAAAAUAAACGAAGAAAAUUGCA